AUGAGCAAGAGCAACUUGGGUGGUCAUCUGAAGAGCUCCUCGGAGUUCAAGCUGCCUUCUCUUCCAAAGCACCUGACCUCGGAGAAGCGCCCGCGCCGUCGCCACAGCAUUGAGGUGUCCAGCCUUGCUGCGUCGUCGCACGCCUUCGGCCUUCCUCAGUACUGGGGUGCGCCAAACGAGGAAGACGAGGCGGAGACUGAGGGGGAACACACGGAUGGGUCUGGUGAGCUGAGCGACAGCAGCAGCAGCUCGCCCACCCACCACCGCCACCAACGGUCGCCAAAGCCGCCACAGCAGCUGCGCCGACGCCGCUCCCAGCAGCGGCCCAUUUCCAGUUAUCCAGCACCUCGGCACAACUCGAGGCAGCAGCACAGCCCGUCACAGUCGCCCAUCGUGGAGCUGGCACAGAUCCGACGCGCGUCCCUCGCCGUUCUCCCAGAGCUCGAUCAACACAUGGGCAACAAGCCCAGAUGGCGACCCGAGGACGCCACGGAUGAGAUUAUCCGCCAGGAGGCCAAGGACACCUCAAACGUGCGCGUGUUCCAGUACUUGAACUUGCCAGCAGAGCUUAUCGACGAAAACACGAUCGUGGAAGCCAGUCGACAACGGUUUGAGAGCGCGGCCGCAAGCCGCAAGGUGGCGAGACCGACAACCCAGGCCAGUCGCUCGCCGCCAAACCCACAAGCAACUGCCAGCCUGAAGGAGGCACGCAAUCGCCGCCUAGGCUAUGGUGCAUGGUACCGAAAAGCAAACAACUGGGGCAAAGAGCCGCGCAACGAGGACGAGCUGUUCUCCACAAA